UGGAGCCACAGUGUGGGCGGUGGAGGCAGCAGCAAUGGGAGGCCAUACAGCACCUAUGGCAGAGUGUGGCGAUGGAGACAGCAGCAAUGGGAGGCCGUACAGGGACCCAUGACACACUCUGGACCUGGCAGCAGCAUGAGGAGGCGGUACAGGGGCCCAUGACAGAUUACGGGCCUGGCAGCAGCAUGAGGAGUUGGUACGGGGGCCCAUGGCAGAUUACGGGCCUGGCAGCAGCAAUGGGAGGCCGUACAGGGACCCAUGACACACUCUGGACCUGGCAGCAGCAU